AUGUCCUCACUAGAUAAUUAUUAUAAUGAAAUCUUAAGCAAUACUAUUGUUUAUCUUUAUCGAUAUGGUAAUUUAACCAUUUAUAUUGUUGGUAAUAUUGGAAAUUUAAUAAGUAUUUUUAUUUUUUGUAAAAAAUCAUGGAGAAAAAAUGUUUGUGUAUUUUAUUUUCUCAUAUUUCUUCUUCUCAGUUCUGUUUAUCUUAACUCUAUUAUUCUUGGAACUGCAUUUAUCAAUGGUUUUCAUAUCUAUGCACAAAAUUCAAGUGUUCUAUUAUGUAAACUUCUUCAUUAUACAGCAGUUCUUUUCUCUACACUUUUACCGACAAUUCUUAUUCUUGCAUCUAUUGAUCGUUUAUUAAUAUCUUCACAAAAUAUUGAUACACGUUUAUAUAGUUCAAAACGUUUAGCUUAUUUUUCUAUAAGUUUAAGUACUUUUUUUUGGGUUGUUUUUAAUUUACAUACACUUAUUAAAGUUAAUAUUCAAGAAAUUGGUCCUUCAAUUUGGGAUUGUUAUUUUGAUUAUUCAGAAUGGUAUCUUCGUUUUGUUACCUAUUCUUUGAUGAUAUUUAAUUGUCUUUUCUGUUUUUUAAUGAUUAUUUUAUCUAUAUUUGCUUAUAAAAAUAUUCGUCAUAUUCGAUGUAUUCCACGUAAUCAACGAAAACAAGUUCGAUCAAUGACAAAAAAAGAUUUUCAAUUACUUCGUUGUUUAUUUGUUCAAGAUAUUGUUUAUAUUUCUGUAAGUCUAGUUCCAGCUCUAUAUUCUGUUUAUGCAACAUCAACAAGAGAUCAAAUACGAACACCAUUUGAAGAAACAAUUAUUUAUUUCUUACAGAAUUUAUUUACUUUUAUUUAUUUUACUUUUUAUGCUAGCAGUUUUUUCAUAUUUGUAACUGUAUCCAAAGCUUUUCGACAUGAAUUAAAACGAUUUAUUUUCAAGAUCCUUGGUAAAGAUCUUGCAGCAUUACGAGAAGAAGAUAAUAAACCGGAAAAUAUUGAACAAAACAAUACAAAUUUAAAUAUUCCUGUUGUUAGUACAAUUGUAAUACCAGCUUGA